AUGCAGUGCUAUACGGAGCUCCUCCCCCCAACGGGUGUAAGCCAUGCAUUGGCGAUCCCAUUUCUUUCAGCAUCAGCCGACAAUCUGAUUGUGGUUCGAUCAUCUCUCCUGCAGGUGUUCUCCUUGCGAAAGUCCUCACCUCGGCGGCUUACUGAAAGCACCGAGACCCACUCGACACACCCAUCAGACACCAAGCUGGUCCUAGAAAAAGAGUACUCUUUGCCUGGCUCAGUUACUGGUUUGAGCCGGGUCAAGCUACUGAACACUAAAAGUGGCGGAGAAGCCAUUCUAUUGGCUGUUCGCAAUGCAAGGCUCAGCUUGAUUGAGUGGGAUCCUGAGCGUCACAAUAUUUCAACCAUAUCAAUCCAUUAUUACGAACGAGAUGACUUAACUCGAAGCCCAUGGCUACCAGACCUGAGCCGCUGUCCAAGUAUCCUUAGCGUGGACCCCAGCAGUCGAUGUGCAGUGUUCAAUUUUGGAGUCCGCAACCUGGCCAUUUUACCAUUCCACCAGGCAGGAGAUGAUUUGGUCAUGGAUGACUACGACCCUGAGCUUGACGAAGAACGCUCAGGUCUGGGUACUGGCAAUGGAGCAGAUCAAGAGAACAGCAAGCAUGACUCAACAUAUCAAACUCCUUAUGCUGCCUCGUUUGUUCUACCAUUAACAGCCCUGGAUCCCUCGUUGUUGCACCCAGUUAGCCUUGCAUUUCUUUACGAGUAUCGAGAACCGACUUUCGGCAUUCUCUAUUCCCAAGUCACAACAUCCACCGCACUAGUUAACGAGCGAAAAGACGUCAUGUUUUACACCGUCUUCACACUAGAUCUGGAACAACGAGCAUCAACGACUCUCCUUUCUGUUUCGCGGCUUCCAACUGACUUGUUCAAGAUUGUGGCACUCCCACCUCCCGUGGGAGGUGCUCUACUAAUCGGUACGAAUGAGAUUGUGCACGUGGAUCAAGCCGGUAAGACCAAUGCCGUGGGAGUAAAUGACUUCUCCCGCCAGGUCUCCUCAUUUUCCAUGAGCGACCAGUCAAAUUUAGCCUUCCGUUUGGAGGGUUGUAUGGUGGAGCGCCUCGGAGGCGAGAGCGGUGACGUUCUGCUGGCACUAGCUUCUGGCGAUAUGGCAUUGAUCAAAUUCAAGCUCGAUGGGCGAUCGGUAUCGGGUAUAACAGUCCAUUCUCUACCAGCUCAAGCGGGCGGAAAUCUAUUGAAUUCGUCUGCCUCAUGCUCUACUUGUUUUGAUGAUGGUAAUAUCUUCCUCGGUAGUGAGGAUGCAGACUCUGUGCUCCUGGGGUGGUCGAAUUCGUCCAUUUCUUCCAAAAAGUCACGGCAGAUAUCAAAGCAGGGCAAUGAUGAAGUUGAAGUUUUUUCCGAAGAAGAUCAAAUGGAAGAUGAUGUCUAUGAAGAUGACCUCUACUCUUCAGCUCCUGAUACCACCCAGGCUGACUCGAGCAUCAGUUUAGGGAACUCAACACCUGGAUUUUAUAACUUCCGAUUGAACGAUCGGCUCACCAACAUCGGGCCCUUGCGAGACAUUACACUGGGUAAAAGCUCAAGCGAUCCGACUGGGGAGGGGGUUUCAUCUGAGCUGGAGUUGGUGGCAUCACAGGGCUCUGAUAGAGCUGGCGGGCUUGUUGUCAUCAAACGAGAAGUUGACCCUCUUACAAAGAUAUUCCUUCAAAUCGACGACGUCGAUGCAGUUUGGUCGGCUACCAUUACUGAGGGCAAAAAGGGACUUUUAAAUGUUAAUGACUCUUCUCGACAUUUUGUUAUCUUCUCACGUCCAACGGAUGUGGACAAGGAAGUAUCUGAGAUUAUGAUUGUCAAUGGACAGGAACUAGAGCCGUUCAAAGCCCCAGAAUUCAACCCGAAUGAAGACUCCACUGUUGAGAUCGGAUCGCUGGCAAACAGUACCCGUCUUGUCCAAGUAUUGCAGAACGAGGUUCGAAGCUAUGAUAAAGACCUCGGAUUGGCACAGAUAUAUCCCGUAUGGGAUGAAGAGACAGAUGAAGAAUGCGUGGCUGUGAGCGCGCGUUUCGCUGAUCCAUACCUGGCCAUUUUGCGAGAUGAUGCUUCUAUUUUGCUUCUCCAUGCAGAUGGAAGUGGCGACCUCGAUGAGAUAUCUCUUCCAGAUGAGUUAUCUACAUUGAAGUGGCGUUCAUGCUGUCUUUAUCGCGACAAAGAUGAGAUAUUCAAAGUACUCGGACUGAGAACAUCUAAUUCUAAUGAAAGCGUGCUUCUGUUUUCACUCAGCUCUGAGUACAAACUUUCGAUAUUUAGUGUGCCGGACAUGAAGCUUUUGUCAGUCCUCGACGGUGUCGACUGCUUGCAACCUCUGCUAUCGACGGAUCCGCCCCGACGAGCAAACACACGAGAAUCCUUGAAAGAGAUUCUCGUGGCUGAUCUCGGUGAUCGGUCAUUUACUUCGCCAUAUUUGAUUCUUCGUACCGACAAUGAUGACUUGAUUGUUUACAAGCCUGUGAUCACAUCGUCAGAUCAAGAUCCCGAGACAUCGAAUCUGCGAUUCUUCAGGGAAUCCAAUCAUACCUUGUCGAGGCUUUCUUCGGGAUCGUCAUUCACAGAGCUUUAUAACCAACAACGUGCCCAACCACUACGGGUCCUAUCGGAUAUGUCAGGGCUCAGCACUGUUUUCAUGCCUGGAGAAUCGGCUAGAUUUAUUGUGAGAACCGCCGCUAGCUCACCGCACUCAGUCCGUCUUCGUGGAGACUACAUACGUUGGCUGACUUCCUUCAACUCGAGUACGACUGGGUGUGACAAUGGAUUUAUCUACAUCGACGCCGAGCACAAUAUUCGAGGCUGUCAAAUACACCCAGAUACGCAGCUUGACUACUCUUGGACACUACGCAAGGUGCUAUUGGAAGAGCAAGUCGAUUUCUUGACCUACUCGACAGCUUCUGACACCUAUGUCCUUGGUACAAGCGUUAAUGUGGACUUUAAGUUGCCAGAAAAUGACGAGCUCCAUCCCGAAUGGCGCAAUGAAUCAACCUCAUUUCUCCCAAAGGUCCCCCAGACUUCUGUCAAUGUCAUUAGCCCGAAGACCUGGACCAUUAUAGACAGCUAUCCCCUUGAACUAGCCGAACACAUCACUGCAGUGAAGAAUGUCAACCUCGAAAUUUCCGAGAAUACGCACGAGCGUAAGGACCUAAUUGUUGUCGGAACGGCAAUGGCCAAGGGCGAAGAUAUCCCAGCUCGAGGGUGCAUCUACGUCUUCGAGGUGAUUGAGGUCGUGCCCGACCCAGAGAAGCCAGAGACAGGCCGCAAAUUGAAACUGAUUGGCAAGGAAAGUGUGAAGGGUGCUGUGACAGCACUGUCAGGCAUUGGGGGACAGGGAUUUAUCAUCGUGGCCCAGGGGCAAAAGUGCAUGGUCCGGGGUCUGAAAGAGGACGGGAGCCUUCUCCCUGUGGCGUUUAUGGACAUGCAAUGCUACGUCAAUGUCGCCAAGGAACUCAAGGGAACUGGACUGGUUCUUCUAGGCGACGCAGUGAAGGGCCUCUGGUUUGCAGGAUACUCGGAGGAUCCUUACAAAAUGACACUCUUCGGCAAGGACCCGGAGUACCUCGAAGUGGUGGCAGCAGAUUUCCUCCCAGACAGCAACAAGCUCUACAUGCUAGUUGCCGACAGCGAUUGCAACCUGCAUGUAAUGCAGUACGACCCAGAAGACCCUAAAUCAUCCAAUGGUGAUAGGCUACUCAACCGAAGCAAGUUCUACACAGGCAAUUUCGCCUCAACAGUCACUCUCCUUCCUCGCACGAAGGUUUCCUCAGAACAGGUCGAGCCUACAGAAGAUGAAAUGGACGUGGAUGGAAGCAUCCCGGCACACAACGUGUUGAUCACUUCUCAGAACGGAUCGUUAGCGCUCGUCACGUCGGUGGUAGAGGAGAGCUACCGCCGACUAUCAGCUAUGCAGUCUCAAUUGGCUAGUACACUCGAGCAUCCUGGUGGAUUGAACCCACGGGCUUUCCGUGCAGUUGAGAGCGAUGGUACUGGUGGACGAGGAAUGGUUGAUGGCAAUCUGGUACGGCAAUGGCUAAAUCUGGGCAAACAGCGCCAAACGGAGAUCGCGGGUCGGAUCGGCGCAACAGAGUGGGAGAUUCGGGCCGAUCUUGAGGCCAUCAGUGGAGACGGGCUAGGAUACCUAUAG